UUGUAGUUUAUGGGUGUGGUCACAUCCGUUUUUCAAGAUGGCUGAAAAUCCUGAAGAAAAGGCUCAUAAAAAAGCAGCGAAAGAUGCCAUUUCACUCAACACGUCGGUCCUCUCUGAUGCUCUAAAGAAUGAUCCUAUCCUCAGGAGUGUUGUGCAGAAAUGUGUCGAGAAAAGAUAUCUCACUACCGCAGAAAUGGAUACACUUUUUGAUCCAUACACUGGUCAGAGUUUAGCUCAACGUGCCAGCAACUUUGUAUCUAAGAUACAGUCUUUGGUUGGGAUCCUCCCCGGGAAACUGGACGAGUUUGUAUGCAUCUUGCACGAGACUGGUAAUCCUGUGGUCCAAGAAGCUGCUAGAAAAGUUGCUGAGAAUUGUACCUUCAUAUUGCCUCAAUAUGAGGAACUGACGUCUGUAGGAUCUCUUCCUGCUGGACCAUUAUCGCCACGCUCUGAUUCAAACUUAAGCAUCACUGAUUUAAACACUGUACGAUCUGCAUUGAGAGAUGGAAACUUUAAAAAAACCAAAUGGAUGGAUUUAGGAGAAGAGUUGGGUCUGAGUGUCAAUACACUGGACGUUAUAGAAGCUGAUCACAAUGGUGCUGAUAGGAGGCUUCGAGAGUGUUUAGUAAAAUGGCUUGAAAGAGCAGACGAGGUUGAUGACAAAGGAGGAGCAAAAUGGAGUGUGCUAGUAACAGCACUUAAUACACUGAAGCAAAAAGAAGCAGCAGAUUACAUCAAAUCAAACUAUCUCAAGAAUUAAAGUGAUGAUGAUGAUGACAUUAGAAAUAUAACUUUAUGUACAUGCCCUAGCUCAGACAUGAACUUUUUGUAUUACUUGUAUUUUUAUAAUAAUUAUUAAUUUUA